AUGGCAACUCCAUCAGCCAAACCCGGCGCAACGCCAACUCAUCUCACCUCUUCUCCACAUCCAACCUCCGCACCCCUGCGAUCAAUCGCUCAUAAAUCACCCUCAACACGAACCCCGUCGGCCUCGGGACCUGGCCAUGCAACACACCUCAGCGUAUCUUCACAUCAGUAUGCCACACCUCUUGCUGUGACAAGCGCCGUUGACGACACGGUCAAUUUCAGCUCCCCAUCAGCACUUCUCGCACUCGGCGGUUACACUGGUAUCAGCCCCUCAGCUGUAGUUCACGACGGCCUUGUCGGACCCAGCAUGAACGAGAACGAUAUCCAGACGUUGGGGAUGCAGGGCGUCAAGCUUGGCGGGGUGGGGCGCGAUAACGACGAGGAACAGAAGCACCGGAUUCAGGAAGUGGUCCAGUGCCUUCGAGCGCGCGUCGCGGGCAGAGGUGUAUCCCGGGAAGGAAUUGAACGACUAAGUCGACUCGAGGGAUUCGAGUCGAUCUGGCAAGACAAUGAUAUCAAUAUUGCCGGAAAUUUUGUCGACUUGGAAAUCGAAUUCUACGCUAGUCACGAUGUUGUCAAAAAUGUUAGCUUGCGAUAUGCGACCCCGGAGUGUACAGAAGGCGAGCGUCGAGAUGAAGCUUCUGCGGUUCUGAAGCGGAAUCUUGCACAGCCGCUUGAGGACGUCGAUCACGGGAGAUGGAGAUCCCUUCAAGGGUUCCAUGAGAAUCUACACUGGCUCGCAAAGCUCGACAAGCUCAGUCAAGAGGUCAACUGUUUCGAAGCUCUAGAAGGCCUGGAGGAGAAUCUCAAGCGGGUUUGGUCAGAAGAAGGAAAGAGCGGGAAAUACGGCGGCGACUACGAGCACCUCUGUGCAGGAGUCGUUGGACGCCCAAGCAUGCACAAGGGAACCCGAAUUGGUCUCGGUCUGGAAUACUUUGUCGAACAGGCCAAGGUCUUGGACGCCAAGCAGAAGAAGAUCUCACCCGAUGCGAUGGCAGUCGAUCAAUCCCAACACCAAAAUGAGUCAGAUGAACAGCAGAAGAUAUGGACCGUUAUGAUCGAAUGUGAAGAGGGGUAUCCAUCCCUCCGCAUUUCGAAAGAAUGGCUAGGAACCGAAGUCUUGACCAGCAGCCAAAACGGCGACUCGGCACCCGGCCUCGGCCCUACAGAGACAGUGAACUGGCUCGACCCUCCUCAGACCAUGCGAUUAUCUCAUGGUAAUCACCCUGACCCAAUGGCUCUGGAUUCUAGUAUGCUGGAAUCGACACCUCCAAACCGACGUUUCGUUGCGAAGCUUGACCCUCCUCUUGAGGUUCCCAUUUUUGCAGCGUCCGAGAUCUACCGCCAUCUGGGAAUGCAGCUACCACAAGAGUUUAAGAUGGUAACGUAUGACAAUCUUCUGACCUCGGAAGCGUCACAAUUAGAUUCUACACCGCAGCCUGGCCGGAAGAAGCGCCGGAUGUCGGUACAGACCUUUGAUUCGACCGGCACAGCCUGCACGAAUUAUCACAACUACACUUUCCAAGCAUUCGAGUCUGUUGCUGGCCGCACGAUCCGUGAACUCCCAUUCUCCCACCCUCGACAAAUCGCCGAUAUUCUUCCAUUCUUCCGUCAAUAUGCUUUGUUGGCAAAUUUGAUACGAAAAAUCACUGGUAGCUCUACUAAGAGUAAGGAUGAUAAGCGAGAACCUUCAAAUAGGGCAUCGGUCGCCCCCUCUGUUCCCCCCAGCCAAGAGCUAUCCUUUUCGGGUCAAAGUGACAUUAUCAUGCUCAGCAACGACGACCCCAAUGAGGAGAAGUUGAGUGCCCUACUUGGUGAUGGUUUCUCAACCGCCUUCGCAACUGUCGCUUCCAAUGCUUCUCCAUUCCACAGCGAGGAUUAUUCGGACGACGUCAGGGUGGACGUGACUCUACGAACACAAAUUGGCCAAGCGCCGGCCCUGAUGCUUCUUGUCACAGACUCCAGUAACAACGUGGAGAAUGCUGAGCGUGAGCCAGUGCAAGUAUCGAUCUGUUUUGAGGUUGGCCUCAACGGGCGUAUUUCGAUCGUUGAUAUGGCCGAGCUGAAAGGGCAAGGUGGUGACGGCGUCGAUACAGAGAUGCAAGGGACAGACGCCGCUGGGCCGAAACUGCAGGAUAUGCAUGAGAAGAUCGCCAGGGUUCUGGAGAUCUCGCAGGACCUGGGGAUCCUGGUCGAGUGGGUCCUGCGUUGGCUGCGGCAGCGGGCCGGCAGCGGGUGA